AUGAUGGACUCCGCAACGUUACUCGAAAGCCUCAAGCUGCCUCUGAUCGGAGGCGCGCUCUUAUCGCUAUCGAGCAUGAACCUGAUGCUCGACUUCAGCAAGGUCUUCGGCUGUUCCCAAGCGCUCAAGAGUCUCCAAGAAUCUUACAAACUCAUCCGUUUCCAUUACUUCCAAAGCAGUAAUGCUCAAAGCAAUAAUAAUCACAUCUUAUUCAACCAUCAGAACUUGUUCAUAGCUGCCGGCUUGGCUCUCAGCGGCUCCUUCCUCAGACUGUUCAUGAACUUUAUCGAGCGCAAUCUCACGCACAACGAGCGAUCCAUCUUCGAUUCCUCUCUGCUCUCUAAUCAUGUCCAUCACUCCAGAAGCGAUGAUCAUCAGGUGCUCAAGAAUGUCUUACUCUUUACGCUUGCCGGGUUACUGUCUGGUGCCGGAACUACUCUGGCCUCUGGCUGUACAUCUGGUCAUAUGUUAUGUGGAAUGGCGCGUGGUAGCAAGCGAAGUAUUGUGGCCACCUGUGUCUUCUUCCCCGUCGCGAUCCUCACCCACCGAGUUCUCAAGCCACUAUUGGCCCAGAUCGGAGUCUUUUCGCAAUCAGACUCGAUGUACCAAGAGUAUUCGGAAUCCGUCUCAACCAUAGGCUCAGACCAGCUUACCUCGUCCUCAAAUUGGUGGUGA